AUGGUACUCACUAAUAUAUUUUUUUCCUUGUCAGUGGAUAAUGCUCUGAGCACGGAAAUGACUCCUUGCUAUAUAAGCCUUUCUGAGGAUGUGAGACAUGUGAUAUUUGGAGAUGACCAUCUCAGUGCACCCAUGGAUCUCCAGGGAGUGGAGAGCUUUGCUGUGUGGGGAGCGCAAGCAUUCACCUCCGGCAAGCAUUACUGGGAAGUGGAUGUGACCCACUCCUCCAAUUGGAUUCUGGGAGUCUGUCGAGAUUCCAGGACAGCAGAUACCAGUAUCGUUUUUGAUUCUGAUGAAAGAUUUUUUUCAAUUUCCUCAAAGAGGAGCAAUCACUAUAGUCUCUCCACCAACUCUCCACCUUUAAUUCAGUAUGUGCAAAGGCCUCAGGGUCGGGUUGGGGUGUUUCUGGAUUAUGAUAAUGGAUCUGUGAGUUUUUUUGACGUUUCUAAAGGUUCUCUUAUCUAUGAUUUUCCUCCUUCCUCCUUCUCUUCCCCUCUGAGGCCUUUCUUUUGCUUUGGUUGUACAUGA